GUUACAGAAACUCGCGAUUGAGCCUUCCACCCUCUUAAAGGCCCAUUCUGUGUGCGUAAAAAACUUCACACCGUGGGAAUUUCCAGAUUGAAUGACCUCAAGCCGAGCUCGAGGUCCCAGAGGACAAAGGCUUUACUGCUCUAUCCGGACCGUUUUGCCACGGAAUCAAAUUAAUAUAAUAACUAAUUGGAACCAUGGUUCCGGCAAAUUUAACUUAACAGUGCUGUUUAUGUUAACGGGGAUCAUAUUGUGUCAGUGCUCAUCAAAAUCCCAAUUCGUUGGGACUGAGUGGUAAAAUGAACGUGCGACUGAUCAAAACGCUACUGGUUGCAAUCCAUUGCCUUAAUGCACUUGCACAGCCGCCCAUUGUAGGCUUUCCUCAGUUUCCGCAUGACCAUCAGCUUUUGGAGCAUGUCCAAGAAGCCGCCAGCUUAUGGGCUCAGUUCAAGAUGAACCAUUUGAAAAACUUCUCGCCUGAAGAAGACCAGCUCAGGUUCAACAUCUUCAAGGACAACUUGCGAAGAAUCGACGAGUUGCGACAACGGAUCCAAAAUGGGGAGAUCCACUUCAAUGUGGGGGUCACUCAGUUUGCUGACCUCACCAAAGAGGAAUUCAUCAACCGACAUUUGAAGCUAAAACUUCCCGAGAGGCGAUUGAAACGCGAAGCCCCCGGCGGAAAUCGAACCAGGCGACAAGUCGCCGCUUUCAUCGACUGGAGGGCGCAAGGGGCGGUCACUGCUAUUAAACAUCAAGGGAAUUGCGCCUCCUGCUGGGCAUUCAGUGCGGUGGGUUCCAUCGAAUCCCAGUACUACUUAAAGCAUGGAGUUUUGGUGUCCAUUAGCGAGCAAAAUCUCAUCGAUUGUGCGGUGGAUCAGACAAACAAUGGGUGCAAUGGGGGAUGGAUGGCCAAUGCCUUCCAAUAUCUCACCACUCAUUCGAUUACUGCCGAAAGUGAAUAUCCCUAUGCAGGAAUACAGCAGAGCUGCACCUUUGGCACCGCUAGACAAUUCCAAGUAUCCAUUGCAGGUUAUCAACUGCUCCAAGCUGAUGAAUUAUCGCUGCAGCAGGCAGUGGCGACUAUUGGACCAAUUUCAGUUGCAAUAGAUGGUUCCAAUUUGCAGUUCUACGCUGGGGGAGUUUUCCGGGAUGACGAUUGCAUUCCAGGACGAGUAAAUCACGGCGUCCUGGUCGUCGGUUAUGGCAUCGAAGCCGGCAGGGAAUUCUGGCUGGUGAAAAACUCCUGGGGUUCUUCCUUUGGGGAAAACGGCUACUUUAAAAUGAUUAGAAACCGGGCCAACCAGUGCAACAUCGCCUCAUACGGAAUGUACCCCAUAAUGUAGCUCUGUUCAAUAAAUACAUAUUUGCACUAGUA